UUAAAACAACACGGAGGCGAUGGAACCCGCGGAGCGACGCGGACUCACGCCAUGAUCCCGGCCGCGCGGAGCCUUCGUCGAGCUGCGGGUCGUCCUGCGGGAGCUUAACGCCGACGUGAAGUGGCCAACCAAAGUGAUCCACAAUGACGGAGCAGAAGGUGAAGUGGGCCUGUGACUACUGCACCUAUGAGAACUGGGCGUCUGCAGUCAAGUGCACCAUGUGCCGUGCGCACAGGUCCACGGGCCCCAUCAUCACAGAGGAACCUUACAAGAACUGUCCUGAUCCAGAUCCCGGUGUAGAUCGGAGCCCUCCAAGAACUGAGAGUGGCAGCAGCCUCCUCAUCUGCCCCGACUCGAGUGCCAGGCCCAGGGUUAAGCCGGCCAGCAUUGCCGAGAUCGCCAGCAAGUGGUCCUGCCAGGUGUGCACCUACCUGAACUGGCCCCGGGCGAUCCGCUGCACCCAGUGCCUGUGUCAGCGCCAGAGGACCAGCAGCCCCACCGAGUCCCCCCAGACUUCAGGCUCCAACGCAGGCUGCCGUCCUGCUCUCCACUCGCCUGUGGACACCUGUGAGGAGUACAAUGACAGGAACAGACUCAACACCCACCAGCAGCACUGGACAUGCACAGCUUGCACUUACCAGAACUGGCCCCAGACUACAAAGUGCGUGGUGUGUAAGCACCCCAAGCCCAACAACCAGGAAGCCAUAGGGCGGGCCGAGUCGGCAGAUCCGUCACCAGUGAUCAACGAGCAGGACAGAGGUCGGUGGAGGGGCAGUUGCAGUGGAGGCCCGGGCCAAAGGAGGUCGCCUCCAAUGCCCAAGAGGGAAGACAAUGUCAAAAUGGACUUCCAGAGGAUAGAGCUGGCAGCUGGAGCCAUGAGCAGCAGAGAGGAGCAAGACGUGGACUUCAAGAAGCUGAAGCAGAUUAGAAACCGAAUGCGGAAAACAGACUGGCUGUUCCUCAAUGCAUGUGCCGGUGUCGUGGAGGGAGACAUAGCGGCGGUAGAAGCCUACAAGUCGUCCCCAGGCGACAUCGCCCGACAGCUCACCGCCGACGAGGUGCAGCUCCUCAACCGCUCCUCCGCGUUCGACGUAGGCUUCACCCUGGUCCAUCUGGCUAUUCGUUUCCAGAGGCAGGACAUGUUAGCCAUCCUGCUAACGGAGGUGAACCAGCAGGCUGCCAAGUGCAUCCCCUCCAUGGUGUGUCCCGAGCUGACGGAGCAGAUCCGCAGGGAAAUUGCAGCGUCACUACAUCAGCGCAAAGGAGACUUCGCCUGUUACUUCCUCACCGACCCGGUCACCUUCACCCUCCCUGCAGAUAUAGAGGACCUGCCGCCUGCUGUCCAAGAGAAGCUGUUUGAUGAUGUGUUGGAUCGGGAUGUGCAGAAAGAGUUGGAAGAGGAAUCUCCCGUCAUCAACUGGUCCUUGGAGCUGGGCACGCGCCUGGACAGUCGCCUGUAUGCCUUAUGGAACCGUACGGCCGGGGACUGUCUGCUGGACUCUGUUCUGCAGGCCACCUGGGGCAUCUACGACAAGGACUCCAUCCUCCGCAAGACGCUCCACGACAGCCUGCACGACUGCUCCCACUGGUUUUACACACGCUGGAAGGAGUGGGAGUCGUGGUACUCGCAGAGCUUUGGUCUGCACUUCUCCCUGAGAGAGGAGCAGUGGCAGGAGGAUUGGGCGUUCAUCCUGUCUUUGGCCAGCCAGCCCGGGGCCAGCCUGGAGCAGACCCACAUUUUUGUUCUUGCGCACAUUCUUCGCAGACCCAUCAUAGUCUACGGAGUGAAAUACUACAAAAGUUUCCGUGGGGAAACGUUAGGAUACACUCGUUUUCAAGGUGUGUACCUGCCUCUGUUAUGGGAGCAAAGUUUCUGCUGGAAGAGCCCCAUCGCCCUGGGCUACACGCGGGGCCACUUCUCGGCCCUGGUGGCCAUGGAGAACGAUGGCUACGACAAUCGCGGUGCGGGCGCCAACCUCAAUACUGACGAUGAUGUCACCGUCACUUUCUUGCCACUGGUGGACAGCGAGAGGAAGCUGCUGCACAUUCACUUCCUGUCCGCACAAGAGAUGGGCAACGAGGAGCAGCAGGAGAAGCUGCUGAGGGAAUGGCUGGACUGCUGCGUGACAGAAGGAGGAAUGCUGGCAGCCAUGCAGAAGAGCUCCCGCCGCCGCAACCACCCCCUGGUCACCCAGAUGGUGGAGAAGUGGUUGGACAGAUACCGCCAGAUCCGCCCCUGUGCCUCUCUCUCCGACGGCGAGGAGGAGGAGGAUGAAGAUGAGUGAGUGCGGGGGAGGUAAAGAAGAAACCGCAAACUCUUGAGACUGGACACUAGGCUCUGGGAGAUUACGUCUUCAUUUUUCUUUUUUUUUCUUUCUUUGUUUCCUUUCCGUCUCCCAAAUGUAAAUCUCUGAGACUUGUAAUAAUGCAUGUGUUCUCUGAGCUCUGUGGUAGGAACAUUAAAGAAGAAGAAGAUACCAGCACCAACAAACAGAAUCCUGAUUACUGCUCCUUCAAAAAGCACAUCAAGUCCACUUAGUUUGCCUUCUGUUUCUCAGUUUUCUCCUAAUUUGUUAAAUCAAAGCAAUCAUCUCGACCUGAGAGAAACGCUACGACCUAUAGGAACAUAUAGCAUAUUUAAGGAAAUCCCGAAGCUGCACUAGAUUAUGAGAAUUUCAUUUACAGAAUUGCCUGAGAGAAAUGUUUUGCUUUAAUCUGAGAGGAUGCUGAUUCUUGUGUAUGUGAAAGUGUUUUUUUUUCUUUUUCUGAUUGCUAAACCCCUCCCCAUGUUGGAUUUAUUUAUUUGUUUAGGAGAGUUUAGCGCGGUGAUACCUCUUGUUCUGCCCCGUUUUACCUGUGUUCCGUUUGAUUCAUUCAGUCUUGAAGUAUUUUAUUUUUGCACAGAUGAAACCUACAUUCUGUGAGGGGGGGGAACAAUGACGUACAAAGUUUACUGACAUUUUUACGUGUGACUUCAUGGCUCCUGUUCUUGUUUGAGUGGGUGGUGGUGACGCUGGGGGGCGGGGGGGAGAAGAGAAAAACCAAACACUCUUUCUGUGGAGUGCAUUAUUAAAUUUGACUCACUUGCAUCCUC